AUGGAAGAAUUAGUAAUCACAGUUGAUACUGCAGAGAAUAGUUUUGGUUGGAUUGGAAAAGAAUUAAAUGAUAGUCAUAUCUACAUUGAUCAAACAACAUCAUCCAAAUCAACUUCAGCAGCUGCAGAAUACUCUUUAUUUUCAACAACAUCAAUUAGAAAUGUAGAGCCAGUCGGUCAAGGUUUUGAAUUACUUUGGAAAAAGUUACAAAAGAAAGAAGACGACAAUGGUAUCUACAAAUUGGUUGAAACCAAUCAAGAUGAAUCAAACUCUGGUAGCGAAGAUGACAUGGAAGAGAAUGAUGAACAAUUCCAAGCUUUGAAACAAAAGUUCAAGUCAAAGGAAUGGUUAAAGGAUGCCGAUCAUUACGAUAUCAUGGGUCUCUCACACUUGAGAUGGCGUGCAACCGAUCAAGACAUCAAAUUGGCAUACAAGCGUAUGAUCCUUAUUUGUCAUCCAGACAAGAAUCCAGGUACCUCUGAUGAAAGUUUCAAGGCAUUGCAAAAGGCAUACGAUUUGUUGAGCGAUCCAAAGAAACGUCGUGCCUUUGACUCCAAGGAACCAUUCGAUGACGAUCUUCCAACUGAAAGAGCCGCCGCACAAGGUGAUUUCUUCAAGGUAUUUGGUCCAGUGUUUGAAAUGAACAGUCGUUGGUCAAGCGUUCAACCUGCACCAAAGUUGGGUGACAUUGAUACUCCCUAUGACAAGGUUACCAAGUUUUAUGACUUUUGGUAUGCAUUCAAGACAUGGAGAGAGUUUACAUUCGACGAUGAUCACGAACUCGAUCAAGCAGAGUCGAGAGAUGAACGUCGUUGGAUGGAAGCACAAAACGAGAAAAAGAGAUCAAAACUCAAAAAGGAAGAAGCUGCACGUAUCUUGGAACUCGCCAACAUGGCCUACAAGAAAGAUCCACGUAUCCUCAAAAAGUUAAAGGCCGAAGAAGAUCAACGUGAACAAGCCAAACAAGCCAAAAAGGAUGCCAUCAUUAAAAAGAGAGAAGAGGCUGAAGAGGCUGUAAGAAGAGAGAAACAACGUAUCAUUGACGAGGAGAGAAAGAAAAAGGAAGACGAAGAGGAACGUAAAAGAAAGAAAAGAGAAGAGGAAAGUAGAGUCACCACUGUCAAGGGUGAUUUCAGAAACGUUUGUUAUGCUCCUCUCUAUGCCGUACCUGCACCACCAUCCAUCGAGGAUGUAGAAUUGGUAUGCGCUGAAUUCACUCUCGAAGAGUUGGAACAACUCACCAAACAAUUCCAAUCAAUGUCUGUCGAGUCGGAAAAGAAAUCAUUGUUUGUCGAACAAGUCUCAUUUGCCAAGGGUCACAAGACCGAUCGUGAAAAGAGGGCUUUGGAUAGUAAGAAAUCAAACAACGAUGUCAAUGAAAAGGAAAAGGUUUGGACCGAGGAAGAGUUGGCUCAAUUGGCAAAGGCCAUUCAAAAGUAUCCACCAGGUCAUUCAAAUCGUUGGGAGAUGGUUUCUGGUUUGAUCCCAACUCGUACACUCAAGGAAGUUAUCAACAAGGCCAAGGAAGCUCAACCAACCAAGGCAUCUUUUGCCAAACCUGUCGUUCAACAAGUAUCUGCCUAUGAUAAAUUCAAAUCAAAGGUUGGUGACAAAGUUAUCAACUCUGAACUUUCAAAGAGAGUUGAACCUUUAGAAUCGGUCAUUGUCGAAACACCAGCUGCUGCUGCUGAAACACCAGCACCAGUCGCCACCACCGCCGCUGUAGCCACCACUACCACUACCACUACGACACCAGCUGCUGCUGUUGCCACUCCAGUUGUUCCAUCUGCUGCCGUUGCCAAAAAGCCAGCUGCUGCUGCUACUACUGCUGCCGCCGCUGCCUCAACCGAACCAGCUUGGUCACCAGAAGAACAAAAGCUUUUGGAAGAAGGUAUGCAAAAGUUUGACAAGUCACUCGAAGAUAGAUGGGAUCAAAUCUCUGCCCAUGUAAGCACAAAAUCUAAAAAGGAUUGUGUUAAUCGUUACAAAUAUCUUGUUACUCUUUACAAAUCUCAAGCCCAAGCUAAAUAA